AUGGAAGAAGCUACCUUCUUGGAGCUUAUUCUUGAAUCAGCAUCCUCCUCCUCCUCCACACCCUUAUCCUCGGCAGCCUCCUCCUCGAGCGCUGACCUCUCACCGUCCUGGUCCUGUGCAACCACGAAUAACACGGGGGCUGAUUAUUCAGAACAAAAUGGAAGUAAUAACAUUAAAUCUUGCCAUGAUUCGAAGAAAAAUGCCAUUGGUAAACACCCUUUAUAUCGAGGAGUACGAAAAAGAAGCUGGGGAAAAUGGGUGUCGGAAAUCCGUGAGCCAAGAAAGAAAUCUAGGAUAUGGCUAGGGACCUUUGCCACUGCUGAAAUGGCUGCUCGAGCCCAUGAUGCUGCUGCAAUUGCAAUCAAAGGACAUUCAGCUUUUCUUAAUUUCCCAGAACUGGCUCAGGAACUGCCCCGCGCCAUCUCCAAGUCCCCGAAAGAUGUCCAGGCUGCUGCAGCCAAAGCAGCAGCGCUAGUGGCGGAGCAGGGCGGUGGGAGAGAUACAAUGGCCGCAGCCGAUGAUACGAGAGAAUCAUCAAAUGAAAAUGAAGAUCCAAUAUUUCUUGAUUUGCCUGAUCUUUUCCUUGGCAUCAGCCACCAACUUGAUGGAUUCAGCUACACAACGGCGCCACCACCAUUGCUGCUGGCUGGUGCUGAGCUUAUUCCAAGUGAAUUCUUGCCUGAAGACCUUUCCUUAUGGGAAUGA